AUGUCGAAACUGGCCUCGUAUGUUGGACUCAGUGUCCCCGAACUGCUGUGCGAACUCUCGGCACACCCGGAUGUUCAAACCGCAAUCCCUACGCUUCUCGAGCAAUGCGGAGACAUUUCGCGUGCCCUUCGAAGCACACGCGUGACAGCUGCCAACUCCACCAACACCUUUGGAGAGCAGCAGCUGUCUGUCGACUUGGAGGCACAGGAACUCUUGAUGCAGUGGGCAAAAGGGUGCCCUGUUGUAAGAGCCGUCAGCAGCGAAGAAGCAACCCAACUGAAGGAGAUGAACGCAGAAGGUUCCUUAGUGGUGUGCUGGGAUCCUUUGGAUGGAAGCAGCAUUGUUGAUUGCAACUGGGCAGUCGCCUCCAUCUUCGGCAUCUGGCAAGUUGGACAAAAGGGUUUAAAUUGGAACGGCGAAAACACCCUCAUCGGCGCAACAGGCAGACAGCAGGUUUGUUCCCUGUUGGUUAUUUACGGACCGCGUACAACAGCGCUGCUUUCUGUUUGCGGCCAUACAUUUGACUUGCAGUUGGCUGACAGCAGCGGGGAGUCUCCCGUGGUCGUUAAGAGCCCCUGCACGAUUUCGAAGACGGGUGCAAAGAUAUUCUCGCCCGCCAAUCUCAGAGCAGCGCAGGAUCUGCCCGCUUACAACGCCUUGCUGCAGCAGUGGAUGAAGGACCGUCUCACACUUCGCUACACGGGAGGCAUUGGGCCGGAUGUGUAUCAGCUGUUCAUUAAGAGCCAAGGCGUCUUUUGCAAUCCUGCGAGUCCUGCGGCUCCCGCGAAGCUGCGAUUGGCUUAUGAGGUUGCUCCCAUCGCCUUCCUUGUCGAAGCGGCUGGAGGCGCUACGAGCACUGGCAGUGGAUCGGCUCUUGACGUUCCCCUGCAAGCAAUGGAUCAUCGCACGCCCUUCUGUUGCGGAACCGAGGAGGAAGUUAAAAAGUUUGAGAGUUUCUAG